ACGCGGAAGUGAAAUUCAUUCCGCUCCCGACCGAUCAUCUUGAGACGGAAAGUGAAAGAUAACACGUGGUUGUAGGAGUUUAACGCACCUCACAUGAAUAACUGUGACUUGUGAUUAUCCAACGGCCCUCUAUAUUGAACUAUUUAUCGUCUUAUUUGAUCCAUAAUGGCGAAUGGUGGAGACGACGACUCCCAGUAUAAAAUCAACGAGGGCGACUACGUUAUGCUAAAACGUGGGGAGAUCUACAAAGCUGUGCAAAUACAAUCGAAAAGGAAGGUAAUGUUUGAGAAGCAGUGGCUCUUCCUGGACAACGCUGUGGGACAUCUGUACAGCACCACUUUUGAAAUUGUACCCGGUGGACAGGUGCAGCCCGUGAAACCACAAGAUGCACCGAGUGCUGCUUCUGACGCAAAGCAGGCGGGCACGGACAACCGGAACAUCGUGGAUGACGGCAAGUCGCAGAAGCUGACACGGGACGACAUUGAGACACUCAAAGAGCAGGGCUUGAAGGGUCAGGAAAUCAUCCAGCAGCUCAUAGACAACAGCUCCACCUUCAGGGAUAAGACGGAAUAUGCUCAGGACAAGUACAUCAAGAAGAAAAAGAAGAAGUACGAGAACAAGCUAAGCAUUCUCAAACCGACCUGCCGCAUCAUGGCGCUCAUGUACCAUGGACGAGAGCCAGGAAAAAUCUGUCACUUGCGAUACGACACAUUGGCGCAGAUGCUGACCUUGGCCAACAUCCACGCCGGCAGCAAAGUGUUGGUGUUUGAAACGUGUGCUGGCCUCGUGCUGGGGGCUGUCAUGGAAAGAAUGGGAGGCUACGGAUCCGUGAUCCAAAUGUACCCGGGGGGUGGACCGGUCCGAGCGGGAGUGGAGAACUUUGGCUUCCCCUCUCACUUCCACGACACGCUGCAUGACUUUCCCAUCUGCCACGUCAAUGCUUUGCUAGCAGGCACGCUGGACACAAGCUUCAAGGACCCCAGUGCUGAGGCAUCUAAUUCCAACGUGGCCAUGGAAGAGGAGCCCAAGAUGGAGCAGAGCAAGCCCCCGGAGGACCCAGCAAACAUGGACACGAACGCUGGCGAAGAACAACGCACAGAUGCCGAACGCGAAAGCGGCAGGGAUGCAAAGGCCCAACUCAAGAGGGUGAAACAGGAGGAGAGGCGUAAGAAGCUCGCGGCGGCAGUGGCGCAGUUAGAAGGCAUGAAUGCAGAUGGAUUGGUCAUCGCCUCUCGCUUCCACCCGUGUCCCGUCCUGAUGGGCCUGAUCAGGUUCUUGUCGCCCUCCAGGCCGUUUGUGGUCUACUCGCAGUAUAAGGAGCCGCUCAUUGAGUGCUUCACUAAACUGAAGGAGCGAGGCGGUACGGUCAACCUCCGUCUUACUGACACCUGGCUGCGACAUUAUCAGGUGCUGCCCAAUAGGACGCAUCCCAAGCUGCUGAUGAGCGGCGGUGGCGGUUACCUGCUCUCGGGCAUCACCGUGGAGACAGAGCGGUCGGGUCGGAGUAACUCGGAGGAGCCGGUGCCAAAAAAACAGAAACUGACAGAAAGCUGAAAGGGCUUAUUAGCCCUCCCUUCAACCCAAAUUUUGUUUCAGGGCACAUCAGCAACAGAGCUGGCGGGAAUGUCCGUUUGGAUGCAUCACUAUCCCAUCUAGGCAGUUAUGCAAGGAAAGGCCUCAAAACAGAUGCAGACUAGUUUCCUUGACUGGCAUUUUGGUCAGCAAUUCUUUUUUUUAUAUACGUGUACCUUGAAAAUUGUAUUUUUUUUGUUGCGACCCAGUUAAAUGACUGAACCUUGACAGAAUUAAAUCAUUCUGACACAGAAUAA